CGCAGCUGUACCCGCUUCUGCACCAGGCCUGAGCUGUGUUUGCAGAGGAGCUGCUCUCAUGGAGACCCUGCUUAAGCGGGAGCUGGGCUGCAGCUCUGUCAAAGCUACGGGCCACUCGGGAGGCGGGUGCAUUAGCCAGGGCCAGAGUUAUGACACGGACAAAGGACGAGUGUUUGUGAAAGUGAACUCCAAGGCAGAGGCUAAAAGAAUGUUUGAUGGCGAGAUGGCGAGCUUAACCGCCAUUCUGAAGACAGGCACAGUCAAAGUACCCAAGCCCAUCAAGGUUCUCGAUGCCCCAGGAGGCGGGAGCAUGCUAGUGAUGGAGCAUUUGGACAUGCGCUCUCUGAGCAGCCAUGCCGCCAAGCUUGGGACCCAGCUUGCAGAUCUACACCUUGAGAACAAGAGUCUUGGAGAGAGGCUGCUGAAAGAGGCUGGCACUGUGGGGAAAGGAGGUGGCCAGGCAGAGAGGCAGUACGUGGACCAGUUCGGGUUUGAUGUGGUGACGUGCUGUGGGUACCUUCCCCAGGUAAAUGACUGGCAGAAGGACUGGGUCACAUUCUAUGCCAGGCAGCGCAUUCAGCCCCAAAUGGACAUGGUGGAGAAGAAGUCUGGGGACCGGGAAGCUCUUGAGCUCUGGUCCGCUCUGCAGUUGAAGAUUCCUGACAUGUUCCGUGACCUGGAGAUUGUGCCCUCCUUGCUUCAUGGAGACCUCUGGGGAGGGAAUGUAGCGGAAGACUCCUCUGGGCCCAUCAUUUUUGACCCAGCAUCCUUCUACGGCCACUCGGAGUACGAGCUGGCCAUAGCCGGCAUGUUCGGGGGUUUCAGCAGCUCCUUCUAUUCCGCAUACCAUAGCAAAAUCCCUAAAACGCCAGGGUUCGAGAGGCGCCUGCAGUUGUAUCAGCUCUUUCACUAUCUGAACCACUGGAAUCAUUUUGGAUCUGGGUACAGAGGAUCGUCUCUAAACAUAAUGAGGAACCUCAGCCGAUGAACUGGCUUCCCACGGAGGCAAGAGUCUCCUGUGGGUGUGCUGGGUCUUCUCAUGAGACAACUGGACAUCUAGAUCAAGUCUUACCACCAUACGCAUCACUGUGAAGUGAGGCAAGUGCCUCGGGGUCAGGUGACCUGAUUCCAGUGAUUUGGUCAAGGAGCCCCUGGUUCUCCACAGUCCUUUCCUCUUCCCACUUAUUCCAUGACAGAAUUUGCUUAAGAUCCCUUGCUUCUUUCUUUUUCUCUAUUUUUUUUCCCUAUUCUCUCACAUAUUACAUCCUGACUGCAGUUUUCCCUCCCUCCCC